UUUCUCCUUUUAUAUUUUUGUUUUGGAUUCGUUCUGUUGGUUUUUGUUGGUCUCUCUUUCAUUUUCCGGGCUUUGUUGCCCUUUCGCCGUUGAAAUCCAUGAUCUUCAGUAUUCAUGGACUCAUCUCCAGUUUACACCACUUCACUCCAUGAACAGGAAGAUGAGUGGGACACUGAUGGAUUCGUGAUUCCUAGUUUGGGAAUUGAAGAGCCGGAAAAAUGUAGAGCUUAUACUUUGGAUGUAGAAACAUCAAAACCUCAUUGGAAGCAGACCAAAAAAGAAGAUAACAUUUACUUGGGACCACACGGUGCACCGCCAUCACAAUCAAGGCGGCAGGACCUGAAUCUGUCCAGUCGGAAGCAGCGGUUUAAACAAAAACUAAAAGAAGCUGAUAGAAGGAUCAGCGGGGCAGGGCGGGAGAACAAGGUAGAAAAUUUGAAAGAGCUUGUAGGUGGUGGGAAAGCAAGCCCCAACAUGUCCAGGGGUUCCCCCAGGGAUUGGCUAGACCCACAUUGCGACGAGUCACAAUUCGAGAAGUCAUACCCCCAGUGAAUCAAAGAAUCAAAGCUUUAUGUGUCGUAAGAUACUUAAAUCGGUGCAAAGUUCAACAUACUGAUACCAUUACUAUAAGUCUCUAUCUUGUAUGCAAGCUAAUUACUGAGCUUAUGUAGUUUGACAAUAAUCCAUCAACCAAGCCAUUUGGUUUUAGUACUAAUGAGAAGACAUUGAAUGUCAUAUUUUAAAGUUAUUUUUACUCCAA